AUGGCAAUGUUUAAGAAGGCAGAAGAUGAGUACAAUGAUUUAAUGUCAGAGAAAUACAUAAUUGAGAAUGACAAGUCUAAAAUCAAGAAAGUGAUCAAAGAACUAGAUGAGAAAAAAGAGACACUAAAUUUGACCUGGGUCAAAGUAAACAAUGAUUUUAGAUCCAUAUCUUCUACAGUACUAUCGGAUAUGAUGGCUAAGUUAGAACCUCCAGAAGGAUGCAGUUUUCUUGAUGGUCUUGAGGUUUGGGUUGCAUUUGGAGGUGUUUGGAAAUUGUCAUUGUCUGAAUUAAGUGGAGGUCAACGAUCCCUUGAGGUUUAUAUUUGUUAG